CAUUCUGGAUCAACUGGAGAGUCUUAAGGGACUUAUUCGGGCAGCCGGAUAAUAAGGAAUUGCAAUAAUCCAACCUAGAAGUAACAAAUGCAUGGACUAGUUUUUACGUAUAAAUAUUAACCUUGUGUUCCUUCACAUGUGAGAACCAGAUUAACAGUCUAAAGUCCUGCUGGCGUCCCCUUCAUGCUGCAGUGUUCAUUACAGCCACAAUAUGAACAACAUCCUGAUGAUUUAUCUGUUCUUAGAGUCUCACCUGUAGUGGAGCUAAACAUUUAAAAGUUUGUCCAAAGGGUGGCGCUAGAUGAAUGGAGUCAUUAAAAUCUAAAGAGGUUCCCAACCUUUUUUUUGAUGAGAAGCUGCUUUUGCUGCGAUGCUGCACAAAGAUGGAACCGACUUCCUGAUGAUCUCAAAUGUGCCCCACCUCAUCUAAAAUAAGAACUCUAGCAACAUGAUCAUUCAUUAGGAGUCAUGUUUGUGUCACCUGAUGAAUGUAAGUCCAGUAUUCUCUCUCUGUUAGCUCUGUUUUUGGUCUCCACCAGCUCCUGAAGGAAAUAACUGAUGUCGUCCUGCCGAUCAGAUCAGAAAACGCUCACAUGGUGGUUUUAUGAACGCUAUAACAAAUAACUUGUUUUGUUGUUUAGUUUGGAGGACAUGUUGAAUUUUUGGGUUGAGUGGUGGCCAAAAUCAUCUGAUUCAUCUUCUUCUUCUCUGCUCCAUUUCUGUGCCUCCUCUACCUCCCUUUCCUCCCUCCCUCCCUCCCUCCCUCCCCCCUCCUCUCCUCAUUACAGCAGAUUGUUUCCGUCAGAGGAUUACACUCUGCUGUGUUUUCCUCUCCACUGCAGGUCGUCUUCCUCUGACUCCUCUGUUAUUUGAGGACCUGAUUGAGGACCAUGGGCCUGCUGGACAUCCUCUCGUCCAUCAAAGACCGAGCCGAAAAGUUUCUGAACGAGAAGAACGUGGUGACGGAUUUUCUGGGGAGGGUGGAGGAGAAAACAGGGAUAAGGAAGAAGAUCAUUGCCCUGGGUGCCGUCUCACUGACAGGACUCUACCUGGUGUAUGGAUAUGGUGCCGCCCUCCUCUGCAACCUGAUUGGUUUUGUCUAUCCAGCGUAUUAUUCAAUCAAAGCCAUUGAAAGUCCAAGCAAAGAAGACGACACAAAAUGGCUGACGUACUGGGUGGUGUAUGGUGUCUUCAGCCUGGGCGAGUUCUUCUCCGAUAUUUUCCUCUACUGGUUCCCGUUCUACUACGCUUUUAAGUGUCUCUUCCUGUUGUGGUGCAUGGCUCCGAUGUCCUGGAACGGCUCCCAGGUAAUCUACGACAAAGUGGUUCGGCCCGUCUUCCUCCGCCAUGAGGCCACGGUGGACAACAUGGUGAGCAACCUCAGCGGGAGGGCCAUGAGUGCCGCCGAGAACCUCACCAGAGAAGUCCUGACCACUCUGAUGAAGAAUAAAGCUCUGGUGACUCCGGUGCCGCCGGUCGCUCAGCCUGAACCUAAAAGUUUACCGAGUUCAUCAGCAGCUAAAGUAGCUCCAUCAGAGUCAAGCGAAGAACGAUCAACUAGAGAUGAGGAGUUAACAUGCUAACGCAGCUGUCCUGUUACCUGUUCCAGCCUUUCCUGGGUUAACCAGUCUGUCCUUCAGAUAGCUGCAGAGGAAGAGGAGCAGAGAGCGAAGGUUUUCCUCUUCGUCCUGACAGAGAAGAAUACCUCCUGUCAAAGUGACAGAUUUCCUUUUUAUAUCCGAUAUGUUAUAUUUAUAUAAUGUCUGCUGUAACAGGAUUUAACGUAAAAAUGUCACAGUUUGGUCCAAAACUCAGACUGACUCUGCUUCUCACUGCUGUUUUCAUUUGAUUUAUUAAUGAUUUUGGGGUCAGUGGGAUGUUUUUUAGAUGCGAAGCACCUGAAACUGGCUAAUAACUAACUCACAAACUCACUAGCUCACGUUUAGCAGGCUGUUCCUUCAUUGUGAGAACACUUCUACACCUGCCAACCUGCACCACCCAGAGGAAAGGAAAGUACCAGCAGUUCAGACCUGCAGAUGUAGAUGCGUCACCUCCUGCAGGCAAAUAACAGCUGCUGAGAUUUUAACACUUUCGUCACCUGCAGGCAGUGAGUGUUACAGCUGCACUUUCUUUCUUAUGCAGAGUUGCUGUUUAUUUGUGUGUUUUUUUGGUUUUAUAUUUAACAUCUGUAGCAGCUGCAACACUGCCUGCAGGUGGUGGAUAUACGUAUGUUUCCUGUUUGGCGACUUUGUCAGCAUCUGCAGCUGCUGCAGUCAGACAUUUUGAGCUUCGGGUGCUUCGCAUCAGUGACACUGUGUGUCCUUUUUAUUUUCAUUACACGUGUUGCUGUUAUUUAUGGAAUAUAUUUUUAGUUUUGUUUAUAAACAGAAACGAGAUCACGACCUUGAUAUGACAAUUACAUUAUGAUGAGAAAUAAAAAAGUACUAAUCAGAAUAAAACUAAGUGCUUGACUGCUCUGUCA